UUGAGGGGUGUUUUGUUAGCUAGCGGACAACUGGAGGGCAUUUUGUCCUCUUGUUUUAACCUUAAGUUGUUAGCUCUUCGACUUUGUAAACUUCCUUAUAAAUUACGCAUCUCUGGUUCAGUAACCUUUGUUGUUUUUUGGUCUUGUGGCGGAGUGGAAGAGAUUGAGCUUCAGGCUGCAAAUCUUCGUAAGCUUGAGAGUGAACUUUUUAACAAAGCAAGAUUCUUUUUCUCAUUUGUUCCCGUGUUGGAAGAUGUAAUAAUUCAUCCUCUUAAAGACGAUAUAGUGUCAUAUGUAUUUGAUGAUCUUGCGAGAGAUUUACCUGCUCAAGUUAAAUCUUUAACAAUCAAACUUGUUCCGUCUCAGGUUAACUACUUCCCAACGGAGAUGAAGAUGUUCAGAAACCUUAGGCUGUUAAGCUUGAUACUUGUGAGCACGCAUGACUGUUUUGACAUAGUUAAACUAUCUCCACUCUUGGGUGCCUGUCCUCUUCUUCAGUAUUUGGGUCUGGUGGUGACAACACCAAGGACAAAGAGGAAUGGAAAAGGAAGUAGAGGGCCUCCGUUAUCUCCUACAUGUCACACUGAACUAAAAGAAGUGAUAUUUUGUGGAUUUGAUGGAACAGGAUCAGAGAUUGAAUUUGUUCUUUAUAUUCUGAGAAGUGCAAUAACUCUUGAGCAAAUGUGUCUCUCCCGAGGGUACAGCUGUUAUUUGGGUUGUGAUAAGUGGGAGAACAAUUUGGAUGUUCCAUUCAGUGGAAGACAACGUAACUCAAUCCAAAAGAAACUAAAUGGUCAAGCUAUCUCUAGUAAAGCAGAAGUGAUCAUCCAAUAGGUUCUUGUACAAAUACUAUAUUAGAUCUUUAUAGUCAUCAAUGAUAGGUAAAUUUGAGUUUUCUUCUUUUGGAUAAUAUAGUUUCUCUUUUGGUGUUUUAGCAUAUAGUACUGGUCAAUUGCUUUCUCUCCAGUUUGGUGCAUUGUUUCCUUCGUCGUUUGGCAUGUCAAGCGCCCGUUGUAGUGUCGUGAAAGUUCUCUGUUUUUUUUUUUAAUUCUGACAUAGAAGAUGUUUCUUUA